AUCAGAUUUUUUCAUGUGUUGUUAUGACGUCAAAUAGUCACAUUACUCAGUUCGACAUUGAAUCUAUUCUUUAUUGACAUUCUAGCAUAUCGGACUGUGAUUUCUUUUGAAGACUGAAGUAAACAAAUCAAUUUGCAUGAUUAUAACAAAUAAAAUGGGAGUGUUAACUCAACAGCAUGAACAUUACUGGAUUGUGAAGUCUUCUAAACUGAUUUUGAUGUGCAAAGAACAACAUAAGAAAGUUAAUGCCACAGGAAAACACAGAUAUUUAUUUUUUAAAACAUCAUUUCAUGCAUGCAACGACAUAGGAAUGCUUGAUGACCAAAUACGAGAUUAGAAAAUUUGAAUAUUAACAUAACUAUUUGUCAUUUUAAAUUUCAAAAUUAAGUUUUGAUUGGCAUAUUUUAUUCUCCAUAAACAGUGUUAUCGUUUUGCUGGCAAAAGUCGAAUUAUGGCUUUGAGUACUCUGAAUACGAUUAACGCGACUUCAAAACUGGCAUCCUAUGCAAAUUGGAAUGGUCCCCAUUUUCCAAUUAUCAUGGCAGGAAAGGGAUUUAGCUACAGUGGACAUGAUUUAAUCAUUGAAUGCGAUGAUUGUAAAGCUAAAGUGGAUAUGAAAACUGAAGAUAUAAUUUCGUUAUCAGAUGGCCAUGCAGUUAGUUGUAGGAUAAGUCAGCUAUUGCGUAAGAAAAAGGCAAAUCCAAAUGUAAGUCAAGGGAUUCCUGUUUCUCAACAAAUGUAUCGUAAACAAUUCACAGACGAACAUUUGUUGUAUCCGUCCUUAGCUUCAAUUAUGCUAGCACCAAGCGAUGAGUGUUCAUGCAAGCUAUGUUGCCGAGGAAACAAUAUACUUACCACUCCGUUUCCCUUAAGAUCUAUCGAUAUGUAUGGAUAUCCAAGGAUCUAUGGAAAGAAUCUUAUAAAUUCAAUAAAGCAAAGAUUAGAGGAGCACAAUGGUCCAAUACACGCACAGUUAACAGAUGUAGAAGUACGUCAAAGAACUUUUGCAUUGUACGGGAUGGAUGAGAAUAUUGAAACUUUGGCUGAAGCAGGGUUUUACUAUGCAGGUCAAAGAAAGGAAAUCGUUUGUUUUUAUUGCGACGGUAGUCUUCGUAAAGAGGUACUUGAAACUAAUCCGUGGAAGGAACAUGGUCGAUGGUUCCCAGUCUGUCCUCAUGUUCUGAAAACGAAGGGAGAGGAAUUUGUACAUGAUAUAACGAUUAACACCAAAGCACUAAAGACACACCUUAAAGGAUUAAACAGGCCCAAGGAGAUGCAACUGUCUAUAAUUAUAGAUGCUAUCAAUGAGGGAUAUCCUAGAUGCAUUAUUCAACAAACAAUACAAGGUUUUUUUUCUGAAUAUGGAAGCUUUCCAAAUCGUGAGGAAUUUUCAAGUUGUGUGGAGAGCAUUAAACAAUGGAAGACCUUUGUAAACGUACCUUGUGUCUGAUUGUUCUGAUACAAUUCAUGACAAUAGUUGUUUAUCAAAAACAUUGUACAUUAGUAGUCAUAAAAGGCUAUCAUGAACUUAGAUGGUGCUUAGUGUACACAGAAACUGCCUUUAAGAAAUUUGGAGUAACACUAAUAAUUUGAUAUGGGUGUAUUAAAUGUGCAGCAUAAAAGACAACAUGUACAGAUGAUUCCUGUAUAAAGACAAAUUACGCGUGCUAAAAAUAUUUAUUAUGGAAAUGUGCCAUCUGUUGUGUGCUGAACUACACUAAAUAUUUUGAACUUAUGUUUAUUAUACAGACUUGUGUACCUCGACCUAACAUUUUGGUUUGGUAGGAUAACAUUAGGUUAAUAUAUAAUUUGCAAUGACAAUGUGUAUUUGCUUAUACUAACCUUAAUUACAUCAAUCUGAUGUAAGCGUUUGAUAGAAUAUAAGACAGAUUAUCACAUUUUGUUUAAAAUGCUUACAUUGUUGAUAAAUGAGCAAACCCUAGUAGAUUGUACUUUGGCCAAUGAUGUGUGAAUAAAAACAACAGGAAGGUAGUAAACCUGUACUUGUUUUAUAAUAUAUAUAUAUAUAUAUAUAUAUAUCAUACUUUUAUAGAUACAAUGUACUUUUAAUUUAUUUCAACAAAUCAACAAAAACAGUAAAUCCGUGUUUUAUUUUUUAAAGGCUGGGAUUAGCUUGUCAAAUCCAAAUAGUAUACUAGCCAUAAAAAUGUAAAACGACUAUAUCAGGAAAAUGAUAUUCAUAGAUAAAGUACAUUUUAGUGCUUUACAGAAAUUUUUUUUUUUCAUCAACCUUACUAUAUGCUUAAUAACAUUGUUGCAAAUGCAAUUUCGUGUGAUAUCAUUGGUUUGUUUUUUACCUUGAUAUAUAUAUUCUAAAUAUAUCGAAGCGAUGUGAAGAUCGAAGGAUAACUGUUGUCUCUUAUUUAGGCUUUCAUUUUGUUUAUAUAUGUUACUGUGUUGGGUAUGAUUAUGAUAUUUCAGCCAUUUUUGUUGUCAUUAUGACCUGAUUUAUUCAAAUUACAUUCAUUACUUUAACUUAUAUUAUCGUAUGGACAAAACAAACGAAAAUCUACUUUUCCUGACUGUCUCUCAUUUGGCCACUGGACGUUAAGCAACCAACAAUGAAUCAAUCUCAUUUAUUUGAACGACUGCAAGAGGAUAUGGAUGGGUUUACAGAAUAGAGAAUAAUGGGCCAAAUGUGCAGAAUAAAGGGGCAAUAAACUAAAGAUUACAGAAAAAUAGGCCAACAAAUUAAAGAAUAGAGAAUAAUGAGGUGCUAAAAUAUAAAGAACAGAGAACAAGAGACAAAGUUUAUAAGAAAAAGAGAAAAAUGGCAUAAAAAUUAAAGUAUACAGAAGUGAAAGAUUCCAUCUUUCUCCUUUCCAAAUCCAAACUCUCCUGUUUAUCAUUAGAAAUUUUAGUUUCAUAUUUUGCAUUUGUUUGAAUGCAAUUAAAAGAACUAAAAAUCAUCCUCAGCUUAAAUAGCUAUAUAGUGUAGUCUCGAUUUCCGGAGUACUGAUAAAUAUUAAACUUUGAUAUUUUUUAAUAAUCCAUAUGUUCCAAUGCAUUUUCUUUGCAACCUGGUGAAUGAAGAUCAACCAAAUAAAAAAAAAACACUCAUUUACUAAUUAUGUAUGUUCGAUUAUGACUUAUUUAGAUUCUGUGCUGUUAAAUGAUUUUUCGCAGUAUUAUACAUUUAAAUUUUGUAGAUUUGACAAACAUAUACCAAUGGCACUUUACUUACAAUAGGGUUUCAAAUAUCUUUGAUUAUGGUAUGCUACAUUGAAUAAAAGACAUUGAAAUGUGUGUUUUUUUAACAUGAUUAAAAAGAGUAGAUCAUUAACACUUUGUUUUCCCCUAAAUAAUAUAACGUUUCAAGGAAAGUAUUUCAAGACUUAGUUCUUGUUUUAAGCGCAAUAAAUUCCUUUUUUCUUUCAAGGUAUACGUUAUAUGCAUGGUAUCAGCGUGAUGUUUGUUGUAAGUGCAGUAAAUUUAAUAUUUUCAAGUCGUUAGUUAUCUGUAUGGCAUCAGCUUGAUAUAAUCUGCUGGUGAUUACUGUUAUAAAUUCAUCAUAUAUGCCAAGCUUGUUAUUUCUAAUCAAACGUUACACGCUUGUAGUGCACGUCGCAUUGAGUAGUAAGAUGUAUAAUUAUUGAGUCGAAUGAUCAUGGUGUAUAUUUCAUAUUCUGUAACAUAAUUAUUAUUAUUUUUAUCAUUGUAAUAAUUUUAUUAAUAUUCUAUUCUUAUUUAUGUUUAUGUUUAUAUAUUAAUACUUUUCAUUUCAUAUAUAUUGUUGUUUCGACAUUAUAAGAAUCUACUCAUAAUUUUUUUAAGUUUGAUGUCAUAUUUGCAUGUUUGAGUCUGUGUUGAUUUAUUUGCUAUAACAAAUCUGAGGUCGUUGCAUUUGUUUUUGAGAUAAACAUUACAUACAGGAAAAUCAGGAUUUUUGUGAGUAUUUCCAUAUGUGGGUGUAUGCACACUUUAAACCUGCAUUGUAUGGUUAUUGUUUUUGUCAAAGCAGAAAUUGUCUUGAUGCUAAUAGAUGCUUGAUGACAAUAAGGUUAUUUAAAAAAAACGAGUGCUGACUUUUUGAUACUAUAUGACGAUCAUGUUUGCCAAUUAAUAUCGAUAUUAUCUGAAGAUAAUUUCAGAUAUCAAUGGUAGAACUGCUGCAAUUUUUUGAACGGAACCUUUUGUUUGUCUUCCUAUAGUAUUGUGAAAAUGUUGUGAACAUAAUAAAAAGUCGUAAGUGAUCUUUUGUCGAAAGAACCGAUCUAGCGUGAUUUAUUUUAGUGAUUUCCGCGUCCGGUUCCAUUGAUUUCCUGAUUUCGCAAGAACAUGUUCCACCUUUCCCCUGUAUACGAACCCUGUUUUGCACCUUUAAUAAAGUUUAUAAUUGCUCUUUUCACAAUGUUGACGGACGAAAAACACGAAAGAAGACAAAUAGUUUUACACAUUGAAUAUUGUGGGCAGAAAUAUUUAUCUUUUAUCCAAUAAAUGUUAAAUGUCAUUAUCUAUGGCUUCUGCAAUAUAUUUGUCUCCAUGGCAUUUAUUCAAUAUUUACUUAUACCGAUUAAGAUCGAUGCCCGUAUUUUGGAUAAGGUCAUUCUCAAAACAGUUAUAGUUUGUUAUAUAGUGUUAAUUCAUUCGUAUGCAGCUCUCAUUUUCAGUAUUUUUAUUCCGAAAUGGGAUAUAACUUUAUGCCACGUCAAACCCUUUCCUUUUGAUCUUAUAUACAAACAAAUGUUAGGUGUAUUUCUCAAACUCAUUGAUUCAUUAUUGUUUAAGUUGUUUUAAACUCUCUGUCCGAUGCUUUUUCUUGUGUUUAUUCAUACUGAUAAAAUAUAUCAAAAUAUGCAUGUAUUUCUACUUGGAUUUUCCAAUAUAUAUGUUUUCUUAAUGUAGUCACUAUCAAGGAGGAAUGUAAGAAAUAACUUAUGAAAUUACAACUUCAAGAGAAAAUCUGUCACCCUCACAAAUUUUCGCUAUGAUUUGUUAAUUGGGUUUCUCAUCUCCGUAAAUUGACUUUAAAAUUUAUUUUUAAAACAAGAUUGUUUAGUCCUACGUCAGAUGCGACAUGUUUGUCGUGGAUUAUAAUAUUUACCUAUUCGAUCACACAUAGUUCUUCAUAUUAUAUAACACCGAACAUUUCCAUUCGUGAAAAAAAAAAUGCAGAAUAUCAUUCCAUUUGAUCAUCACCAAAUAUUUUGUUGGAUAAAUGUAUUAACGUUUAUCUAAUUAGAAACAGUGUGAUGAAAAGUUGUCAAUGGGUUUUGUUAACAAUGUGUAAAGUAUUGCAUAUACCUAAAGGAAAAUUAAAAUUUAAAUGUGAUUUGUAAUUUUGCUUUGAAUUAAAGCUUAAGACGAAGUAAUUUAAUUAAGCAUACGAAUAUUUGAUUUUUGCUCACGAAAUCCUAUACAACAGUAAAGAAACGACCAUUUGAUUUUCUGUGGGAAGGUUUAGAUGAUUUUGAAAAUGAAUUUGCUGUCUUUGCAAGAUCUGAAAAUAGAUAACCCUGCAUAAGACAGGAUGAAAAUGAAUAUUCUGCAACACAAAAUGCAGGGGAUAAUUGUGUACAAAAAUGAAAAUUAAUUAACUAACAUUAGAGAUGGAGUUGGCAAUGAGAUGCCGGUAAAGUUGCAGACAAUAGUCGAUAGGUUCAUUACAUUAAUCCUCUAUUUUUCUAUAAGAAUAGUCUAAACUUAACGUUUGAAACAGUCUGAGGCUCUACAAUAUUGAAAAGAGGGCAAUCAACAACGGAUCACUAGAUUGCAUAGACAGAAUUUGAAUUGACCUCUUACAAAUUCACAUCACAGUUGUGUUUGUGAUACUGACACAAAAGAGGUGCAGGAGUAAUAUAAAUAAUAAAACCUUCUCUACAUUUCUUUUUGUACAUUUUUUUCGUGUAUAGUUUGUUGUUAUCUAGUUUUAUAUUUUCACAUGGAAGUAGAAAAUAGUUUGGAGGAAGAAGUAAUCUAAGCUGCGACCUGUUCAAUAUGUCUAAUAUAAUGCACAUGUACAUUUUUAUAGCAAUAUAUUAGGCUUGUUUGGCGUACAAAUUAUAAUCCUUGUAUAUUUGAUAAAAAAAUAAGUUAAUAUAUAAAGUGUAUAUUAUGAAUGGGGAAUGAUACAGGCGCAAUUAUUUUUAAACAAAGUAUUUGGAUUUAUUUUAUAUUGCAAAUAUACUGACUUAUAUUAUGUAUAUGUUAAUCGGUUUCUGAGCAUUCCAUGUAUGAUUAUUAAAAACUGAUACCUGUAAUGAUUAAAGGAAAUGUAAAAUUUCACUUUUUGAUUUGAAAUGUAAAGAAAAUAGAUGCAGCCUUUGCCUUCCAUUGACGGGGAAAAUGUUUGUAUUACAUUGUUACACAAAUGAAUUUGGAGUGAGUAUAGUUAUUUUCUAUCUGCAGUUGUCACCAUUCAUUGAACUUGGGAACCUUUGAUAACUUGUUGAUCUUCUUUGUAUUAUUAUCAUUAUAAAUAAUCAGAAUUUUUCCACAAUAAAUAUGUAAUCAUAA